AAAGUUGUCACAAGUUAUAAAUAGAUAUAUACAUAAAUGGGUAGGAUAAUCAUGUCGACAACCAAACUUCCUCAUGCGCAGUCUUAAAAGAGAAAGAUUUAUUGGAACGUCUCAUAAAGGAAUUGAACCUCUUCACGACAACCACCAUGCAUAUUACGAGCGUUAUACUGAGCUUUGUCAGCCUACAUCUUGUUUUCACGGGGUGUACAGGAAAAACAAUAGCUUCAGACGGCUUUGCGCCUGACAGAGACAAUGGCGCUGCCAUGGUAGAGUUACUCCAGCUGCUGACCAGCGACACCGGUGAAGACGCGCAGACACCAGAUGUCGGUAUCCAUAGCGACCAAGAGGCCGUCUCCAUGGCGAUGUCAGAUACCGUUCUGAAGGAGAUCAUAUCGGCCAUCACGCAGGAUUUGGACCUGGAUCUACAGACUCUCCUAAAAGAUUGCAGCAACGGCAGCUGUCAGUUUUGCACUGACACACAGUGGUUUUUAAAAUUCUGCGUCAAAGCUUCCAUUAUCGAAUUCGGGUUUGAGGUCAUCGUCUCUGUGAAUGGAAUAACGAUCUUCAGCAGGGAGAUCAGCAUUAAAAAUCCACCGCCCUUCUGCGUUAAUAAGAUCCCAGGUCUGGCGUAACAUAGCUGACGUGUGCCUGCAGGUCUACGACGUCGAUCUUGCCAGAGAAAGCGCUUGUGUCAAGGUCACUUUCAAGAUCAAGUUGGGUCCCAUCUCGAAAAAGAUCGAUUUAAAAUUGGGGUGUUUUCAGAUUCCAUCUUUAAGAGAUAACACAGGAGUCACGUCCGGUAACAAGAAUGAAGGACUCGCGUUCAUUAGUGUACAUUAGAUACCAACGACUCUCUUGAAGCAACUUAACCAGUCUCUACCAGCUGCAUGUGUACAUUAGAUACCAACGGGCCUCCUAACGCAACUAAACCAGCCCCUACCAGCUUCAUGUGUACAUUAGAUACCAACGACUGAAAAGAACAUGGAAUCUGUUCUGAUGUACUGUGAUAUCUAUAAAUUACAAACUCUUUGUAAAUUGACACAUCUUGUUUAAAUCGCAAGUUUACUAUGUUUACACCAUUAAUGUUUGUACAAAUUAAAAAGUUAGCAUCA